UUAAUUUUCGUAUAUUGGUUAUAUGUCGAGUCAGCAGCAAGAAUCGGAGGCGUCCGGCUACAACACGUCGGCUUCCAGUGAGUUUGGAAGUCUCGAAGACUCGCACCAAUUUGUGAGCCCAGUCACCAGACACGCGUCGAAAAGAAGAGCCGUUGAAAAUGUGGAUCACUUGGACGAGUUGAUGAAAUCAUCGAUGGUUUUGUCGCCAGAAAAGCGACUCCGUUUGAAUACAUCAAACGACUCGAAUCUUGUGAGAAACACGGCUAGAUCGCCUGAUUCUUCUAUGAAUGGAAGGCCUCAAACAAGACGAUCGACCUCCAGUGACAUUGAAAUUUCUCCACGUGUUCGCGCAAUGCGCUCGACUUCCGGAAGCUCAAUGGAUCUUGUCAGAACCGUCUCCUCGUUCUGCACCGAUUCCAUUUCCCCGAAAUUCUUCACAAAUCACGGAUCGACGACAAGAAAACGCACAGAGAAUGGAUCAAUUUAUUCAAGACACCGUCUCGGAGCCACAUUUUCUCCAUUGGUUGCCGGCGCGAAAAGAAAGAUGGCAACGCCAUCGCAAAGUCUUAAAAGACAAGAGAAACAAUCGCCAUUGGAAUCGAGACACGGCGGACUUCGCAGCCGAGGCACUCCACAGAGGAAACUUUUGCUCUGCGAUCGUCUGAAGGUGCUGAACUAAAGCGCUCACAAUUUCCCACAUCUCACAUUCCUGAAACAUGCCCGCUAACUCAUUUCUUUUGUAAUGCUCGAUGUCUGUUCUUUUUUAUCCAUCUCAUAGUUAAUUUUUAAGUUUAAGUUAUGAACCCGUUUUGUUU